AUAAUCUGGACUCAAAUUCUCAUUUUUGGGGAGUUGUUUUGAUAUCCUACUCUACUGCAUUUUGCUGGAGGUGUGCUUGAGUUGGAGCUGCACUGGAGUGUAACGUUACCGGGAGAAAUUUAGUCGCAGUAUUAUUUGAACCCGACAAGCAGCUAUCUCAGCUAUCUCUUGCCCAUUUGUUGUCCAUUACAACUGGUAUAUAGCUCGACGCCUCUGACAGUCCUCUAGAGCUACAGGCAAGAUGAGCCAGCCAGCGAUUGGGGGCUUGCUAGCGGGAUACCUGGACGAUGUCUGCUCCAUCUUCGACAGACACAACCACCCUAUUAUCCUCGUGGAACAGUGUGCGAUGCUAUGGAUGGGUAUUGCGGGAUCACCCACUGAAUAUGACUUCCUCGUCCGGGACUCGCAGCUCGAUGACAUCGUUUCGGCAUUCAUUGCUUCGGGGGAGUGGGAACACGCCGAACAGGACCAACUACCCCGCUCCAAUGACUCCCACGUAAACCAAGUGCUCAGGCUUCAUCGAUCGACGCGAGAACCCAUCCAUAUCAGGCUUUGGCCAGAAAAGCUCUACUUUCUCUCCGUGGAUGGUCCCAAGGUGCAAGUCCCCAACGUUGUCAGCUGGGAUUGUGUGUUGAUGGAGGAGUAUUUCGACCCGGAAAUCGGGUACCCGCUAACGAAAACAGCAUUGGAAGCAAGAAAUACCCGUAUCCUUCCCAGAAAUCUUGCGCAACGAGAAAACUCGAGCCCUUUGUUCAUUCCAACCAUCUCACGGAUGAUUGACGCGCUGCUGGACCAGGAGAGAUAUCGCCAGGAGCAUGGCAAGAUUGUUUUCGGUGAUAAUAAGGAAAUCAUUAAUGGCAAUGUCCUGGCCAACCGGCCAGCAGAGCACAUUACAAGUUUUGUGAAAUGCCUGUAUCUCGAGCGCCCGCAGCAGCGGGCGAAGCUCCUCCCACAUAUCUCUUCGCACAAUCUAUCCACCAUGGAAGCUAGGCUUGCCAGGUUCCGACGGAGACCGACAAUUGUGCUUGACAGCCUACCAGGAAUUUUGCCGCAGCCGGGCUCACGCAAUUCCCAUUGACGACUCCUCAAAAAUGACGCGCAUGUGGAAGAAGCACGUACUCCGUAUAUAUACUAUAUAUUUGUUCCCGAGCGGAUAGUUUAGCUAGAUAUUUAUCGAUCUAAAAUCAUCCGUUGUGUUUGGUGAGACUGGGCAAAAUACUUUUGGAAUAUUAACCAUUUGAUUUAAGAAUGGUAUUAGUAUCCGGGUACGGGGCGAAUGAGAAGCUUUUCCAUAGCCCUUCAUGCCGAGUACGAGAUCUGCAGGGCUACAUCUGACUGACUUCCCCCCAAUCCCAUGCCCGUUUCUUCAAAAUAAUAUUAUUAGUUAUUAAUAAUCAAUAAUAAUAACUAGUUAACUAGUUACGGGAGUAAUAAUAACUUCUCUACCUAGGUUCUUCCUUUCUUUCC